AUUUUGACGCGUCGACAGAUUAAAGGUCGGGCUCGAGAUUCUUCAAUCCACAUGGUUGUUAUUGACUCGAAAGUCAAAGUUGUAAGAAACUGUAAAUAUUCAUUUUAUAAUGUCGUACUGUCGAGAAGAAGGUAAAGAUGGAAAGGAUAGGAUUGUUUUUGUCACCAAGGAUGAGAUGUCCACACCCAGUGAGGCGAUGAUAGCCAUGGACGAAGAGGAAGUUCAUGACGGACCCGUGGGUUUUGUGCAACCUAAUGGUGAGCUGAACUUUGGCUGUCCAUGUGUUGGGGGGCUUCACGCGGGGCCCUGUGGAUACGAGAUGCGGGAGUUCAUUUCCUGCAACUUCUACAACUCCAAGGACAAGGACGACCCGCGCGGACACGAAUGCGACGACAAAAUGUACGCCAUGAUGCAGUGCAUUGACAAACAUGAGGAGUACUACAAACACAAGAUGUCCAGCGACCCAGAGGAUGAGGAUGACGACCCCUUCGCUAUCUCGGAUGAUCAGGGCGAGGAGGAGGUGUCUACCUCACACAUUGACGUCAGCAGCAGUAUCGUCACCCAGAACCCCACCCCAGACAGCACCAGCAGCUAGUCCAGGCUUACCUCCUCUUGGCUAGUACUUUGUUAAUGUGUCAUUUAAGUUAAUUUUUUACAGGGAUUUUGAAAUGUUGUGACAUUUUUGAAGAGUCAUACCUCUGUACGUUCUUUUGCAUAUUAUCACCACAUGAAUAUUAUGUAAUUCAUGAGUACAUAUAUAUAUAAGUACAGUAUAAGGAAUAAGUUAUUGAUUUUCAAAGGUGUUCUGUGGGAAGUAUAUAAAGCCACAUGCAAGAAAAAUGUCACAUACCGUAUUAUUUAGAAUGAAGUUCAAUGCUCCAAAAACAUGCAUUCUUUGUUAUCACAAAGAUAUAAUGUCAGAAUGACUGUGUCUAGAUUUUGAAUGAUAAUGUGCAUUGUAAAUUGUGAUUUCAUAAUCCACAAUCAUAAUUUAUAAAUUGGAAUAUAACACAGUUUUUGAUGUGAGUGAUUAUAGAUGAUGUUAGACAUUGUUAGUCUUCAGCUGAAGUAAUCGAUUGUAACUACAGCUUUAACUGAUACAUGUUUUCAACAUCUCCCAUACAUUUAGCAUUAUAUGUUAGUUAUAGUAUUAUUUACAAAGAUUGAAUAGAAAUAUGAAAAAAGA